AUGAACACCCGCCAACUUCUUAGAUUAUGCGUCUUAUCUUGCGCCAUAUUCACCUUCUUUGCGCAACCCGCGUCUUCGUUCGACUUAACCUUUGCAGGUCCUACAAUCCUAGGCCAAAAUGUUUCCGUCGUCUGGAACCGUAAUUCCACAGAUUCGACCGCGUGGUUCCUUCAAGAAAUUUCCGUGAACAAUACGGAUCCAAGCCCUCCCAUCUUCAUUUCUGCACCUGCAGAACCUCAGGGUGUUCAAACGGUCCUAAUGCCGUCUAAAGGGCCAGCGGGGUCCCUUCGGUUGAGGGUAAUGGCAAUGAGUCCUGAAACCACCAUCUUCGCCACGGACUUCUUUGUGAGUAGCUCUUCCGGAUUUCAGACAACCGUGACCACAGAUAUCAUUGUAACGUCCAAUGGCGCCACGAUCACACAUAUAUCCGUCGAAGGCACCUCGUCUAUUACAAUAUUCGGCCUUCCUGGCACCAUAGUGUCAGUGUCAAACCCAAGCACCUCUACAGUACUGGUAGCCGACUCAAGCUCGAGUACGAAGAACCGUACCGGAAUCAUCGUUGGUGUCACAGCAGGCGUCGCCACGCUUCUCAUCCUCCUCAUCGUACUCGGAGCUUGGUGUUUUGUUCGGGAACGUGCUAAAACUCGAGUUAAUUACCCAGGUGAACAACAAAAAACAACAGACAUGCCUUCGCCUUUCAAUCUGCCAACGUUGGAUAGCGAUGAUGGCGAGAGGUCGGAUACUUUGCUCAAUUCUCCCAAAAACAUAUCUGCUUUACCCGAAACUAGAGGUCGAAGUAUGCUUCGCCGUCCUCUUCGGAAUGGGCUUAUCUUCCCAUUCCACUAUCAUUCUCCGGCUUCGCCCUUGAUUCCAGAGAAAAGACGAGCAACGAGCGGAUCAACAAGCACGUCAGCAGCUCAUAGAGCGAGCCCUAUAGAGUCCCCAUGGGUCAACGACAAUGACCGACUCGUCCAAAUUAUGGAGAGUGGGGUCGAUAUCAAUUUUCUCGGAAUCGGAACCUCUGGAAAAACCGAGUGGGAUGAUAUGCCCCCGAAAUACUCGUGA